AUGGGAUCUGUUUUAUUUCUCUUGGUUGCUGCCCAAAAUUCAUGUUGUCUUCUCUUCCCUUUCACAGCAAGAAAGGAUUUCGUAUACUCCGCCUGUGAGUCCGGUAGACGAUUUUCCUUCCUCGUCACCACUCCAUGUCCCAGUAUCUCGAGCCAUCAGGAUGGAGGAAGAGACCCUCAGACUCCCAGCCCAUUUGCGUUUGCAACCCAUUUACUGGAGCAGGGAUGAUGUGGCUCAGUGGCUGAAGUGGGCGGAGAAGGAGUUCUCCCUCAGACCCAUCGACAGCAAUACCUUUGAGAUGAAUGGCAAAGCUCUCUUGCUACUAACCAAAGAGGACUUCCGAUACAGGUCUCCACAUUCUGGUGAUGUGUUAUAUGAGCUUCUUCAGCACAUCUUGAAGCAAAGAAAUUCUCAUGUGCUGUUUUCUCCCUUCUUCCACCCGGGGAACUCUGUUCAUGCUCCACCAGAUGUCAUGCUGCAUCAGAACCACGAUGAAGACAACUUUAUCCCAAGACCUUCAAGACAGUCAACAGACUCGAUCCACCACAACCCGCCUACCAUUGAACUCUUGCAUCGCUCCAGAUCACCCCUCAGUGCCAAUCACAGGCCUUCACCAGAAUCUGAGCAGCGGUCCUUGAAAUCCCCCCUGGAGAACACUAUCCGUCGCCUCUCGCCAGCUGACAGGCUCUUGGGCACGCGACACCACCAGGAGAACAACCAUCAAGAGUCUUACCCUCUCUCCGUGUCUCCAGUUGAGAGCAAUCAUUGCCCAACACCUUCAGAAGCGCUUCAGAAGCCUUCCAGUCCUCGCCAGGAAAAUACUAGGGUCAUUCAGUUGAUGCCCAGUCCAAUAAUGCACCCUUUGAUACUGAAUCCCCGACACUCUGUUGACUUCAAAGCCUCGAGGUUGUCGGAAGAUGGGCUGCACAGAGAGGUGAAGCCCAUCAACUUGUCCCACCGCGAAGAGUUAGCAUUCAUGAACCACAUCAUGGUUUCCGUCUCACCCCCUGAAGAGCACGCAAUGCCAAUUGGGAGAAUCGCAGACUGCAGACUCCUUUGGGAUUAUGUCUAUCAGUUGCUCUCUGACAGCCGGUACGAAAAUUUCAUCCGAUGGGAGGACAGAGAAUCCAAAAUAUUUCGGAUAGUGGACCCCAAUGGGCUGGCCCGGCUAUGGGGAAACCAUAAGAACAGAACAAAUAUGACCUAUGAGAAAAUGUCUCGUGCCCUGCGCCACUACUACAAACUAAACAUUAUCAGAAAGGAGCCAGGACAAAGACUUUUGUUCAGGUUCAUGAAGACGCCAGAUGAGAUUAUGAGCGGCCGCACAGACCGUUUAGAACAUCUGGAAUCUCAGGAGUUAGAUGAGCAGAUCUACCAGGAAGAUGAGUGCUGAGGAUUCAAUCCACGUGCUUCACCGUGGUCUGUGGAGAAACAGUCUCUGGAGACCCAUUGGGAUGGGAAACAGGGCUCCAGGACUUGGCAUUUACCUUGGACUGUGCAGGACCACCUUAGCAAACAAAUUUCUUGGCAAGGGUGGUGUGGGCAACAACGUUUGGUGGAAAGAGAAGAACAGAGCACUCUCACGUGGCUUUUAGGACCUGUCUCGCCUUGGGCUGAUUUUCGUUUUGUUUUCAGUUGGUCAGUU